GUGAUCACCCCCGAGGGCAGCCGCUCCUUCGGCUGCGCCUCCCUGGCCGAGCGCGACCGCUGGAUAGAGGAGCUGCGCCGGACAGCGCAGCCCAACAAGGACAACUGCGAGCGCCUGGAGCUCUCCCUGACCCUUUGGGUCUACGAGGGUCGCGACCUCCCGGCGCGGCGCCGCCUGCGCUGCCACCUCCACCUGGAUGGCGCCGUCUUCGCCCGCACCACGGCCAAGCCGGCCGGCGCUGACGGCCAACUCUUCUGGGGCGAGCUCUUCCACUUGGCCGCGCUGCCGCCGGCGCGCGCCCUCACCGUCUCCCUGUGCCGUGACGACCACCCCGGCUGGCAGCCGGUGGCCGCCGUCACCAUCCCCCUGGCCGAGCUGGCGGCGGCGGGGCAGCCCCUGGAGCGUUGGUACCCCCUGAGCGGCGGCGUAGACAUGGACAACACAACUCAGGAGAGUGCCAGAAGAUCCAACAUGGUUGCCUUGGUCAUUUUGGGGUCACGGGUGCCACCGAGCCCCUUGGGGUCGGAGGUGCCACCAAACCCUUCCCCGCAGUCGUUCCUGAUCGACCUGGGCGUGGCCGAGCUCGACCGCUUCGACGAGCACGAGGCCCUGAUCUUCCGCGAGAACACCUUGGCCACCAAGGCCAUCGACGAGUACAUGAAGCUGGUGGGGGCCAAGUACCUGCAGGACACGCUGGGGGAGGUGGUGGCCCAGCUCUGCAGCUCCGAGGAGAGCUCCGAGGUGGAUCCCAGCAGGUGCUCGGGGCUGGAGCUGCCGGAGCACCAGCAGCACCUGCGGCAGGUCUGCGAGGAGACCCUGCGGCGCAUCACCGACGGCUCCGAGUCGUUCCCGGCGGAGCUGGGCGAGGUGUUCGCGGCGUGGCGCGAGGCGUGCGCGGCGCGCGGCAAGGCGGCCAUCGGCCAGCGCCUGGUGUCGGCCUCGCUCUUCCUGAGGUUCCUCUGCCCGGCCAUCAUGUCCCCGAGCCUCUUCGGCCUCGUCCAGGAGUACCCCGGCGAGGCCACCGCCCGCACCCUCACGCUGGUGGCCAAGGUCAUCCAGAACCUGGCCAACUUCACCACCUUUGGCGAGAAGGAGCCCUACAUGACCUUCAUGAACGCCUUCCUGGAGCAGAACUGGGCCACCAUGACCGAGUUCCUGCAGGCCGUGGCCACCCCAGAGGCCAGCGCCCACAUGGCCACCUACGAGGGCUACGUGGACCUGGCCCUGGAGCUCGCCACGCUCCACCUGCUGCUCUGUGACAUCUUCUCCAGCCUUGACCAGGCCACGCAGGAGGAGCUGGAGCCGCUGCCCACCAUCCUCAGGGCCAUCAGGGAGGGGACACCUGUCCCCGUGUCCGUCCGCCUCAGCUCCACCGCCAGGGGAAGUAACGGGGGCGUGGUGGCACUAGCGGGGUUUGGUGGCACUGUCCAGGGUGUGGUGGCAUUAACGGGGCCCCGGGGGAAGCUGCGCUCGUCGGCGUCGCUGCCGCGCAAAUCCGCGGUGCCGUGGCAGCGCCUGGCCGAGGACGCGGCGGCCCCGGGAGAGCUCUACGCGCUGCGGCCGCUCGAGAAG